AUCAUCGUUUUACCGAAUGUAAUUCUAAAAGAUUCAAUGAUUCUACAUUCAAUGGCUAAGAAGAUUUAUACAAACUCUAAUUCCCUAUUUUAUCCCUUUAGGCAUAUCCUUUAGAUAUAUCCUAAGUAGAUACCUAUGUCAUAGUAACUUUAUGCAUGCAAAGUCUUAGCCCAAUCGGUUUAAAACUGGCAAAGUAUCAUACAAACUUUCACCCCCUAUUUUACCCACUUGGGGGUGGAAAUUAUCAAAAUCCUUUCACAGCGGAUGCCUACGUCAUAACAUCUAUCUGCAUGCCAAAUUUCAACCCGAUUCUGUCCAGCGGUUUGGGCUGUACGUUGAUAGAUCACUAUGUCAGUCAGUCAGUCAGUCAAUCACCUUUGAAUUUUAUAUAUAUAAAGAUUUACAACUAUUCGAAUGCCAACUUCGAUUUUAUUUUCACAUAA